UGGCAACUUUUAUAAUCACUAGUGUGAGACGCUGGAGAAGGAGGAGGAGGGAGGAGAGCGCUAAAGCAAGACUUGCAUUCUUUGCUUCUGCAACCACUGACCACAAACCAUUUUAGUUCCUCUUUUGCUUAUUUUUUUGACAAGUCAUUUUUAUGAGGGUUUUAUGUCUGAACUUGUGGCCUCCUGCUUCCCGGCUGCCUUCCAGGAACUUGUGGAAACUGAUAAGAACAAGACUUCCAUAAAGUUUGUGGCCAUAGGGGAUUGGGGAGGCGUGCCCUAUCCACCGUACAUCACUGCAGUGCAGAAGGCUACAGCUCAAGAAAUGAGUAAAGUAGCAGAGCAGGUGGGAGCAGACUUUGUUCUGGCUCUUGGAGACAACUUCUACUAUAAAGGUGUGGACAGUGUGGACUCCCCUCGAUUCAAGGAAACGUUUGAGUCUGUUUACACAGCCAAAUCCCUGAAGAUCCCCUGGUACGUCUUGGCUGGAAACCAUGACCACAUUGGAAAUGUGAAGGCACAGAUUGAGUACAGCCAGAAGUCCAACAGAUGGAAGUUCCCAGCUUAUUAUUAUGAACUGAAUUUCCGCAUUCCCAACACUCACAAGACCUUGACCAUCAUCAUGCUGGACACUGUGAUGCUAUGUGGAAACUCAAACGACUACUCGGAUGCACAGCCCAAAGGUCCUCUGCGGCAGGUGGAUGCAAACCGUCAGCUGGUGUGGCUGCAGGACCGGAUGGCCCGCUCUAAAGCAGACUUUCUGCUAGUGGCAGGGCACUACCCUGUGUGGUCUGUUUCUGAACAUGGACCCACCCAGUGUCUGCUGCAGCAGGUGCAUCCUAUGCUCAUUAAAUACAAGGCUACAGCUUACUUUUGUGGGCAUGACCACAACCUGCAGUACAUUGAGGAGUCAGGUGUUGGAUAUGUGGUCAGUGGAGCAGGGAACUUUCUGGACCCCGAUGUUCGUCACUGGAAUCAUGUUCCCAAAGGCUCAGUAAAGUUCUUCACAGGACAGGCUUCCACUCUGGGAGGGUUUGUUCAUGCAGAGGUGGCACAGGACAAAAUGACUGUUACCUUCUACCAAGCUAAAGGUACUUCGCUUUACCGCAUUGUGCUCCCUCAGCGAAAACUGGACUAAUCAAGUGGUUUGUAAAGUUUGAAAUCAGUCUUUUUAUCUUUUUAAAUUAAAUAUUUUAUUAAAAAUCUGUAUCUACUUUUACAUCUAUAAUAAAUUGUUUCUUUCAAGUU